AUGGUCCUUGUCAAUCAAAAGAAAUUAUUUUUCCACAAAGAAAAUUUGGAGAUACCUUUCUUAACAUCUCCUGAUAUUCAAAAGGAUAUUGUUAAAGCUUCUAUAACGGUCACUACUCAAGUUAUAUUGGAUGGUCUUGGAGAUGAUUUAUUUGCUAUUUUAAUUGAUAAAUCUCAUGAUAUCUCAGUGAAGGAGCAAAUGAUUGUGGUUAUAUGUUAUGUAAAUAAUGAAGGAAAAGUUAUUGAGCGUUUUCUUGGUGUUGUUCAUGUUUCAAAUACUAUUGCUCUAACAUUGAAAUCGGCUUUGGAGUCAUUAUUUGCAAAAUAUGGAUUAAGUUUGUCAAGGAUACGUGGACAAGGCUAUGAUGAAGCAACAUCAUGUAAGCGUCGAGAUACUUUUCGUGAAAGUCAAGCUACAAAGGUGAAACAAGCAUUGGAACAUGGAGAAAUCUCUAGUGGGCGUGGCUUGAAUCAAGAAAUGAUAAUUAAGAAGACGGGGGAAACAAGAUUGAGCUCACAUUAUGGUACAUUAAUUAGUAUAGUUUCUCUAUUCUAUUCUAUGAUUGAUGUGCUAGAAAUGGUUGAGGAAGAUAGAACAAAUUUAGAUAAAAAAAGGUGA